CUGGUUAGAUUUUUAUAAUAUGUUCCUCGCAUUGGUUCAUAAUAAUGCUGAUUUAACUGACAUCGAGAGAUUUCAGUAUUUGCGCUCAUGUCUCAUAGACGGCGCGGCACGGCUAAUUCAGUCAUUAGAAGUUACACCAGCCAAUUAUCAAAGGGCGAUUGAUCUCAUCGUGGGUAGAUUUGACAACAAGCGGUUUAUAUUUCAAUCGCAUUUAUCAACAAUUUUUGAUGUGCAAAAGGUCACCAAGCCGAGUGUGUCAAGUCUACGCGAAUUCAUCGAUAGCAUUAAUGCUAAUCUGCGCGCCAUGCAAUCGCUGGCGACCACCAUUCAAAUUGCUGAUGGAAUAAUUCUUCACCUAGUAACGUCUAAGCUAGACGAAAAUACGCGAAGCAAAUGGGAAGAAGAAGUGGCUGCUAAAUUUGAUCGAAAGUCAGUACCCACCUUGCAGCUUCCAACAUGGAACGAUUUGGCAGAUUUUCUCGAACGCCGAUGCCAAACGUUCAAUAUCAUUGAAUCCAAUCAAUCAAGCUCAAAUCGGUCCGCCAGUCACCAAAAUCCUACAUCGAAACCAUAUUCAUCGAAACAGCUCUCUUUCACCACCACAACUGCGUCGUCGAAAUGCCCACUUUGUGAAACAAGGCCAUAUCAUAACGCAUUCAAUUGUGCCAAGUUCAUGAAAAUGGAUCCUCUUGAGCGGUACAAUUUGAUUAAACGGUUAAAAUUAUGUCUCAAUUGCUUUGGUUUCAACCACUCGUCGAAUCAAUGCCCAUCACUUCAUCGGUGCCAGCACUGUCGAGCGAGCCACCACACUUUGCUGCAUCGCACAUAUGGUAGCAAGGCAGACGACAACAACAAAAGGGAAGAUGGGAAUGCUGAGAAAUCAACAACGCUACAGGCUGGUAUCGUUACAGGUGAAGUCAUUCUCGCUACAGCUCUAGUUCGUUUAUGUAACACUGCGGGAAGCUCUCUCAUGGCACGUGUGUUGUUGGACUCAGGUUCUCAGCUCCAUUUUGUCACCGAAAGAAUUGCACAGCAUCUUCGGUUACCGCGCAAAAAGCGCAGCAUAGAGGUAACGGGCAUUGGAUCUACAACAACGAAAACGCAGCAAGUAUGCUGUGUUGUACUAAAAUCGCGCCAUACAGCAUUUUCGUCGACUUUGGAAGCGGUUAUCAUACCAACAAUAACUUCGUGUCAACCCAGCAAUCGUGUCAGCAUUGAGAAAUGGAAUUUGCCUAACAACAUAAAGUUGGCAGAUGAACAGUUCUACGAGCCAGCAACGAUCGAUUGUCUUAUUGGAGCAGCGUUGUUUUAUGAUUUGCUUCUCGUCGGUCAAAUCAAGCUGCGCAACAAUUCGCCGGUUCUGCAGAAAACUAAACUCGGUUGGAUAGUUUCUGGCAUCGCUAACUCAUCUGCACCAAUAGCUUCAUCACCAAAAACCUCAUCGUUGAAUAAAUCAUCGGCCUAUAUGGCAUUUCUCACCAUGUCCGAAGAACCAGUUCUCGAUCAGCUGUUGCAAACCUUUUGGGCAUUGGAAGAACACCACACCAAUUCAUCAACGUCAGUUUCGGCAGAGGAGCAAGCAUGUGAAGAUCUCUUUGCAACAACCACAACCAGAUGUCCAAAAACCAACCAAUUCAUCGUUCGCUUACCGUUUAAAGAAGACCCCAGCAGCCUAGGGCAAUCAUAUGAAGCUGCUUUCAAAAGGUUGGUAUCUCUUGAGUAUAAAUUUUCUCGCAAUCCCGCACUCGUCAACACAUAUCGUGAAUUCAUGAACGAAUAUAUUAACAUGGGGCAUAUGACACUGCUUAAUAACCCCGAAGAGGCUCGUAAUUUUAUCCCCCACCACUGCGUCACAAAGGCGGACAGCAGCACCACAAAACUCCGUGUGGUCUUCGAUGCGUCGUGCCGAACUUCGAAUGGGAAGUCUUUGAACGACAUAUUGCUCGUCGGUCCGACGCUACAGGACGAUAUUUUCACAAUCCUGCUUCGCUUUAGAGCUUACAAAUACGUGUUAAUGGCUGACAUCGCUAAAAUGUACCGCCAGGUACAAAUGAACUCAGCUGACUCUCCUUGGCAGUGCAUUUUGUGGCGAGAAUCACCGAACACUUCUGUGCAAGUGUACAAGCUGCAGACCGUCACAUAUGGUACAAGCAGCGCACCAUAUCUCGCCACAAAGGCUCUACAACAGUUGGCAAAGGACGAGGCAAAAUCGCUACCAAUUGGUUCAGUUGUUACGCUCAGAGAUUUUUACGUCGAUAAUCUCAUGACAGGUGGCGCUACCACUGAUGAAGUCGUCGAAAUUAAACAGCAAGUUGUUGAGUUGCUUAAACAUGGGGGCUUUCCCCUACGAAAAUUCGCCACUAAUGACAAUUCCAUCAUCUCUGACAUUCCUCAAGCUGACCGUGAAGAAAUCGUACAACUCGGUGACGUAGACUACAUUAAAACACUUGGGUUGAAAUGGUCACCAUCGAGCGAUAACUUCGUGUUCAGCUACACCGAAUCAUCGUCGUCGUCUUCGAAAACAACAAAAAGAGCGAUUUUAUCCCAAAUUGCAAGCUUCUUCGAUCCACUUGGAUUAUUGAACCCUAUAAUAGUUUCAUGCAAAAUAUUAAUGCAGCAUCUAUGGGCACUGAAACUAGAUUGGGAUGAAAGUGUCCCACAAGAUGUUUACACCCAAUGGCAAGAUUUUUGUCGGCAGCUAUCUCUGGUUCAAAAAAUCCAAAUUCCAAGGUAUGUACCUUUCAACACCGCUACUGAAAUUCAUGCCUUUGCAGAUGCCAGCACGAAGGCUUACGGCGCCUGCAUCUACAUGGUCACACGCGAUUCUAAUGGUACGACGUCAUCGUUGCUGUCCGCUAAGUCUCGUGUAGCUCCAAAGAAGGAAGUUAGCUUACCUCGACUUGAAUUGUGCGCUACAUUGCUGCUGGCGGAACUGCUAAAAUCAAUUAUUGACAUAUUUUCACCAAGUCCUGAAGCCAUUCAUUGCUGGUCAGACUCGACCAUCGCGCUAUCCUGGAUCAAGGGAGAGCCGUCGCGUUGGACAGUAUUCGUUGCGAACAGAGUAACCAGAAUUCAACAAUUAACAUCACAAUUCAAGUGGCACCAUGUAACAUCAGCCGACAAUCCUGCUGACGUCGUUUCAAGAGGAGCAUCGGCUCAUUACAUAAUCGCCAAUUCUUUAUGGUUUCAUGGGCCAAAAUUUUUACUCUUGCCUCAAGAGCAUUGGCCACGUUCAUCGUUUGAUAUACCUUCUGACAUACCUGAACAGCGAUGUCAACGAUUCGCAUUGGUUGCAAAGGAACAAUAUGAUAUGAUCGCCUCUCACAAACACAUAACCAACUUCCAAAAAUUUCUUCGGAUAUUUACGUACGUGAGGUGGAUCAUUCAACGCAAGCGGGGAUUGAUGAUUACAUCCGGCGAAAUAGAGGCAACGUUAGAAAUGGUCUGCAAAAAUAUUCAGCUAUUGUAUUUUCGUGACGAGUACCAAAGGAUGUUAAAAAAUUUACCCCUUCAUCCAUCGUCAAGGCUUUUACAGCUCGCACCAUUUUUGCACAAUCAAUUAAUUCGAGUCGGCGGCAGAAUAAAAAAUUCUACGUUAGCUUUCAACGCCAAACACCCCAUCGUGCUGCCCCAUGCUCACCCUUUCAUUCACACUCUCAUCACUUACUAUCAUCGGCAACAUCUUCAUGCAGGCGCUCAAACAUUGCAAAAUAUUCUUCGUGACAAAUUUUGGAUACUCAACGCAAGAAAGGUCAUCAGGCAAGUAAUCCACCACUGCAUAAUUUGUUAUCGCCUUCGCCCUGUUGUCACUGAGCAAAUAAUGGGGGCACUACCUUCGCAACGCAUCAGUCCAUCACACCCAUUUGAGACUACAGGCAUUGACUAUUGUGGCCCCGUGUUAAUGACUCAGAAAAUCAGAGGCAGGGCUGCAAUAAAAGUGUAUAUUGCAGUUUUCAUCUGUUUUAGCACCAAGGCUAUUCACUUAGAGGUAGUGCCUGAUUUAUCAACGGCAGCAUUCAUCGCUGCACUUAAACGAUUUGUGGCUCGGCGAGGACGAUGUCGGCUUAUCUACUCCGAUAAUGCAACUAAUUUUCUCGGGGCAAGCCGUGAGUUACGACAUCUGCUUGAAGCAUUCGUUACACAGCAGCACAUCAACUCGGUAGAAAACUUUUGCCGUGAAGAAGGAAUACUGUGGAAGUUUAUCCCACCCCGAUCACCACAUUUCGGUGGUCUGUGGGAGAGCGCGGUAAAAAAUGCAAAACAUUAUCUACGCCGGUCAAUUGGAAACCACAUACUCUCAUAUGAUGAACUUCAUACAGUAGUAUGUCAAGCGGAAGCAAUGGGCGUACCCUCACCGCUAUCCCCGAACCACCACCAGAAUCAGCUCAACUCAGCCUCCUAAAGCGAUAUAAAAUUGUCCAGUGGAUCCAAGUGCAAUUUUGGCAACGAUGGCAGCAGGAUUAUUUGAAGGAGCUGCAGACCAGAUGCAAA